GCGUGGUGGAUGGGGGGGACACAUUUUGAUCAAAAAGUGCGCUAAGAGCCUCCAUUUUUUGACCAAGUGUGCUGCUGCUUUUUUUGUAUACUCUGUAUUUGCCACAGCAGCGUGCACCCGUGUAUUAGGAAAUAAAAGGGUGAUUUUCUUGGAGAUAUGUAUUUUCUGCCACUGCUCACCCACUCAAGAGUUCAGAAAAAUACAGACAAGUUCACAGUGAAGAAGAGCGUUCUGCAGGCAGAAAUUUACCAAUAAAAAACAAAAAACAUUUCAACCAAGUUUGGUGCAACCUUUACUGCUGUCAAACUUUCUGAACUUUUAAACCAGGAUGUUGCAAGUGGAAAAUGCUUGAUGACAGAAUGAGAAGAUAUGUUGCGAGCCUCUGUAUGUUGCUUUUCAUACAUCUGGUGCUAUAUGGUAAAACUGAUAUGUGCUCUGAAAUGAAGUCAGAAAACCUGGACUGUUUCUCCAAUUAUGCUGAUCGUAUAAGCUGCAUCUGGAACAAAGGAUCAUAUCCUGGAAAUGGGUCAUUCCUUCUCACUGUAAUUGAUUAUUUUUAUAUGGAAGCUUCUGGAGACUGUAAUCUUCUAUCCAGCACCGACGAUGGCAACUUUCACUGUAACAUAACUGGCUUAGUUAUCACUGAGACAGAUCUUUAUAUAAUAAGAGUAGAAGAUUUAUCCACAAGAAAACAUCUUUCCGCUAUCGAAGAUUUCCAGCCGCUAUGUAACAUCAAGCUGGAUCCGCCUUCUGAUCUUUCCCACAACUUCACUGGCACCGUAUACAACAUAACAUGGGGAAAUUGUAAAUUUAAUGGAGAAUCAAGAAUACAUUAUGAAUUGCAGCUCAAGAAAGAAGCAUCCAGUCUGAUGGUUACGAAGAAAAUUACCCAUGAUACAUAUGUGGAGAUGAUGUUAUCAGAGUUCGAUAAAGGUGACAACUAUAUUAAGAUUCGAUGUAGGACAGAAAACCAAUGGGACUACAAAAGUUAUUGGAGCGAGUGGAGUUCAGAGCUGAAGAUCCAGAUUUCUGAAAUGGAAAAAGGACAAAAAGAAAACAUCACUGAUCUCAUCAUUAUAGUGACUAUAGUGACAGUUAUUUUUGUGUUCCUGUUAUGCUUCAACCUGUCUUCAAGAAUAAAUGUAACUUUUGUGAAGAAAAUUCCAACAGCAGCGGAUUUCUUUCAUCCUUUGUAUCACAUACAUAAUGGGAAUUUCCAGGACUGGGUUAAGUAUCCAAAUAAAAGUAAGAAAGAUAAGAGCGGAAGAGCACAGCACAGCUUCCCCCAGGACCUAUACAGAAGCACUGUAUCAUAUUUUCAUAAAGAAGCUGUAUCCCCUGUUGAACUUGAAUCUCCAUUCUCUAAGGAAGGCUUCUCCCUGACCCCUGACACCCGCUGUGACUCCAUGCCUUGCUCUGAUCUACUGACGGAGAAAGAAGCGUCUUUAGAUGGAAUGUAUCCCACAUUCUUCGGCAGUUUCCCUGGUUUUAGCGAUGACAUCGUGAAUGAGAAAGACAUUGUUUGCACCUUGGAUUGUCCAACAGACUAUUUUUCCUACGAUGGAAACUAUGUUGCAAAUUCACAGGAAAUUGUUGAAUAAUUGUCUUAAUCUUAUUCAUCUUUUAUCUCCGACUUAAACUAUAUACAGAAUAUUUCAUUGGCACCAAUCAGAUCUCAUGGUCAGAGAUUAACUUUAAUGUGACACAUUUACAAUGUUUUUAGUAGUCAGGGUGACAGUUUUUAUUUCUAGAAUUAUUUCAGAGUAGAGGAGCCCUUGAUAUGUGCACAAUUACAAUGAAAUACUUUAUAUGUAUAUACCAGUUUUAACUAUAUAUACCAUGUAAUAUAGUGCAGUUUAUGCACAUUGAAUACUACAUUCCCUAUACUUACAUUUAGUAAAGACUUUAUUAGAGACCCUCCUCUAGUAGCAUGUUGGACCUCCACUGGCUUUAAAAACCACAGAAAUUCAUUAUGGCAUAGAUUCCACAAAUUUUGUUAAGUAUAUUGGUGCGGAAAGGAGCAAUUCUUCUAGUUGCUGCAGAUAAGAUGGAGAGCCUGACAUGCUUUAAAUGGGCACUGUCACCAACUUUAUUUUUUGAUAUGUUGCAGUACUUAUGUACUACAACAUAUCUCUAAUAUACUUUUAUUAUUUUUUUUUUCAUUAAAAAGGUUUAAUUUACAUUUACAAACUGGCUACUGAAAAAGGACUGAUUUUGGAGUGGCAAUCAGUCCUUUUUCAGUUAGGCUGCACUCGCUCCCUGCCUGUCAAUCAGACAGGCGGGAGCGAGCGCAUUGGCUCCCCGGCCGCUGGCUGGGAGGCCACUCCUCCCGCACAUCCCCUCCGCCCCCUCAUCGCUGCCGCUGUCCCUGCACGCCCGCUGCCGGACUCUGCAGUAACUGCAAGUGUAAUGAGGGAACGG